AGCCUAAUGGGCUCCGGUGGGCAACCGCCAUGCCGAUCGAUUCCACAUCCGGCUGAGGUGCGGCAGUUGGGCCAUGCUUCCGGGUCCAGCGGGUCCAGCUGGUCCAGCUGGUCCAGCACGUGCACGCGCGGCUCCGCACUUUGAGACCGCAGAUGUCUUCAAGACGAUCGGCAGGAGCUCCUGGGCGCAUUGUGGAAGCUGGCGGACGGGUCUCGUCGCCUUCACCUCCGUCGCCCUGGCGCGACGCAAGGUCACCAGAACCGCCGUCCUUCCCAGACUGCAGGGCGUACACGUCCACGAAGUCCACGAGCUGCCUCUGGUGGAGCGCGCGACCCACGCGCACGAGCUGCACGAGGUGCACGAGGUGCACGGGGUGCACGGGGCGCAGCUGGGCUCGGUGGUGCGGCGGCUCUACUCCAGCUUUAACGAGUGCGACGCUGACGGCACGGCGUCUUGCUUUACAGAGGACGUCGUCUAUGAAGACCUCCUCCUGGGCAACUCCACGAUCGUGCAGUCACGCGAGGAGUUCCUAGAGCUGAUCCGCACACAUCCCGUCUUUGUGAGCGCCAAAGCUUGCGGCAUGCUGGGCUUGCCACCGCUGGACCUCCAGGUCAAGGUGGACAGCAUGUCGGAGGACACCAGAAGAUACACUGUGGGCGUGGAGUGGCACGUCGAGGUUGGUGGGCAGCCGCUUGUGCUUGGCAGAGGCUUGAGCUUCAUGAAGAUCUGUCGCAAGACAGGCCUCAUCGCGAAGGCCACCGACAUCGCUGAGGCGCCGUGGCGCGCCAUAGGCCUCCUCUUGGCUCCCUUCGCGCGCGGCAUUCGAGACCUCUCGCGGCUGCUGAGGGAUUGGAGCUUCUCCUCCGUCAUUACGGUGGUGCUAUUUGCGAUGCUCUUCCUCGACCGGUCAUCCUUGGACAUGCUCAGGGAUGACAUUGAUACUUUGGAUGAUUUUCGGAACCAGCUGGACCAGUCUGACCACAGCGGGCUGAAAAGCAUGCUGGCCGAGAUGGUUGCCAAUGUAGGCUCCAUUGGGUCACCCAGCUGACGCCGGUCUCACACGUUUCACUCGGUCGCAUGAGGCAAGAGCCCUGUCCACAUGGGGGGUCUGUUUGAAC